CUGCGGGCUGAGUCCGAGUCCAAUGAGGGUAAAGAUGACUGACCUGUUUGGCCUGGGCUUUCCCCUUACAAUGUGUGUGUGACCUUUGCCAUUUGACCAUUGGUUGACAUAACCGGAAGCCAUGAUGACAGCAUCCUUUUCCAAUAGACCAGGGUGAUGGUGAGGAAUCCUGUUGGUUUUACUCUUGCAAGACAUAUUGCAGAGGACCAAGCCAGCACACGUCAGCCACUGAUUUGGCUCCCAAAUACUCUAGUAAAACAAAGAGUUUUUGGUGGCGGCCACAGCAGCUGGAAUCGCACUGGCAGGGACAAGUAUGGGCCGCCUGUGCGCACUGAACACCGCCUCAUUGUGGAGAACCUGUCCAGUAGAUGCAGCUGGCAGGACCUCAAGGAUUUUAUGCGGCAAGCAGGUGAAGUGACCUAUGCUGAUGCACAUAAAGGCCGUGCCAAUGAGGGCAUCAUUGAGUACCGGACCCGCUCAGAAAUGAAGCGAGCUAUAGAAAAGCUAGAUGGUACUGAUGUUAACGGGAGGAAGAUUCGUCUGGUGGAAGACAAACCUCGGCGCAAGCGCUCAUAUUCUGGCAGUAGAUCCAGAUCUCGCAGCAGGAGGCGCUCUCGCAGCCGCAGCCGAAGAAGCAGGAGUUCUCGCAGCCAUUCCAGGUCUCGCUCACGAUCUCAGUCUCGCAGCAAGCGCAGGUCUCACUCCAGGUCAGGACGGAAGUCUCACUCGAGAUCAAAGAGAAAGUCUAGCCACUCUAAAUCCCCAGAGAAGUCUCGUUCACGCACCCGCAAAUCACGCAGCCCCUACAACAGCAAAAAGUCCCGCUCUCGCUCAGACACGCGCAAGUCACGCUCCAAGAGCAGAUCCAAAGCUAAAGUGGAACGCGAGUCCCGAAGUCGUUCCAAGGAGAAGUCUUCUAGCAAGAGGUCUCGAAGCCGCUCGAGUUCCCACUCAGAGAGCAGAAAUGAAAAACGCGGCAGUAAAUCUCCUCUUGGCAAUGACCGCCAGCUCUCCAAGUCCCCAGAAAAGCGCUCUGUGUCCCGCUCUAGGUCUCGCUCUUGAUCCUGGGUCAGCCUCCCAAGACCUGACGACUUCUGUUACAAUGUAUUGAACAAAGUUUAGUAGUAGUAGUACACAUCCCAGCCCUGUAUCUGAUGUGCUUUGAGAUGUUUUCAGGUCAAAAAUGAUUUGUACCUUUUGGAACAAAUUGGGAAGUCAUUUUAUCAAUAUAUUUUCUUGAUCUUUUGGUUUUGUUUUUCUGUGAAAUGGUGAUCAGAAGGUUGUUGUAUUUCUCUUGUUUUAAUUUAGUCUAAAUGUACCAUUUGAAUCCAGCAGCAGACAGCAGGGGCAUCAGUUACUUCAUAUUUUGAUAACAUAUAUGAUAUGUACCAAGUCCAAAUAGAAAGAUGUAAACGUUCUAACAAAUAUAAUUCACAAUUUGCAUGUUCCGUGAUGAUUGUUUUUACCUGUUUGACUUUUAAUACCCCUGAUCCUCCUCCUGUGUGAGUUAUAUUUGGAAGCCAUCUACAACAUUUAGCUCUGUCAUAUUGGAAUAAAAUAAAGCAUUUAAAGUAAA